AUGUGUAUGUUCAGGAUCACUACUUAUGAUGAGUGUUGGGGCCAGUACACUCACUUAUUAAUUUGCGCCAACGAAUCAUCCAAUAAGAAUGAACUUACGUCUCCGCAAGAUCGCGUUCUUUCGGCGUUGAAAUGUCCAAACUUGAAAUCUGAGCAUAUCAACAUCGGAGGUUCGAGAUGUAAUUGCAAACUCAAUCCGCGAGCCUUCGACACUGUUUGUAGCAGGAUGUGGGGAGGUGACUUUGUUGGAAGUGUUAACUGUAGCAUGAAUCCCGGAUCUGCAGUAAAAUUUCAAUUUCGCGGCCGAGAAUGGGAGAACUGCUCCAACGUGGAUAUGCUACUUAGAGGAGGAGAUCGCAAUGUUCCAGAUGGUUACAACCCAAGUGCGCAAGCAUGGAAUGAUAGUGAGUGGGAUGGAGACGAUAAGCAGGUAGAUUGGAGAGACAAAGAUUGGGUCAUGUUGGCAGAGAAGGGAAUGGUUACGUGGCAGAGCCGCAAAACUCGAAAGCCCAGUAAUAUUCAACAUCCGAUGAUACCAGGAGGUAUUCAGCUCCCUGAGGAGACUCAAACUUACGAAAAGGUUCAACUGGAGAAAAACGAAAUGUUUUCGACCGAGCACAAUUUGUCCAGAUCAAAAGGUCAGAAGCUCCCUCCACGGUAUAAUGCGACAAACCAUCAUGUUGGCAGUAUUGAUGAUGCUGUAGUUGAGUGGAGGCAAUUGAAAGACCAGAAAGAAGCCGCUGCAGAUGGUCGUCAGCAUUUGCCAUCUCGUCCGCCAAGCGUUGGUCUGCCACAACACCAGAGGAAAGCUUCGGCUCCACAUAUCAACCAAGUUGAAUAUGGAAGAAAACUAAAAACAAACACCGAUCGUCAGAAUCAACAAAGCGUGCUGUCAUUAUUGACUACUACUGCUCGAACCCAACCAAUAUUUCCAACCGGUCCAAAGGCUAUGUCAAUUCGAGAGGCAGAGCGACCGCGUAGAGAGAAAAAGAAGAGCCAAGGAGUUCAAUCGGGGGUGCAAUCGACUGCUGAUACGAAAAUGCGUUCAGCCAUUCCAAUUGGGCCGAAAUUCAUGCCUAUUUGGCAGCUGGCUCAAAUUCUGAAGGAGAAACAGGGAAAAGAGAAGAAGAAUCUUGGAACACCGCCGGGAAAUCACCAACAAAGUUUAAUAGACCCUGCUACUACUACUGCCAUCCGCGAGAAUAAUAUUCACGACCAGGACGCAAGUGAAGCAAGACUAGAAGUCCCUGCUUCCUUGGAAACUUCUUCAGCUCCUGUUGCUGCGGGUGAAAGCUUGCAAGAUCAGCGCGAGAGGGGACAUGAUCAGAAGAGAAACGAAUUCUUACAAAAUGCGUACACACAACGAGUUGUUUUCCGGGAGGAGAAAUCGAAGGAUCAAGGACACGAAUCUGGUCUGUCUGUUCAGGAUAAUUUCCAACAUCUCAACACGCACAUCCCUAGCCGAGAGGAUAAUGACCCCUCUACCGUUGAGACCAUCGAGGUUUUAGGUAAACCAUGGAAUGGAGUAUCGGAAUUUGUCGUUUCCCUAGAGUAUAACGAUACUUUGCCGGAGUCUGAUGACAGGAAUUUCGGAUUGAACAACUACAUUCCUUCCGAACAGCCGUUAGAAAAAUUACAAAUGGCAGACCUUAAUGAGGCAUCGAACUCUACACCUAAAGGUUUCUAUGAAACUUCGCACCAAGCUUCAGUCACACUUGUGGGAAACCCGCAAGUAGCUCCACAAAAUGCUCCGGAUUCUUCCCGCAGAGAUCCGACACCUCUUGAGCUAUACCAAGUGGAAACAUCUCAAGCGAAAUAUGCAAGCCCUGAGUCUCAUCCUCAUUUGAAUCCCAGUGAAAUCGAACUAGAUGCCGAAAGAAGAGCUAAGCAGCAUCAGGAAAUUGCAGAGCAAUCAAGACUCCAAGCUCUUGAGCGGGAACAGAAAACUCAGGAUGCUAUACAGACUUGGAGACGAUCCGAUGUCUUUAAAAAAGAACCAAGUUAUUCACAGGAAAAUUUCCAGAGAAAGGCAAUUAGAAAGCUCCAAGAAAUUCAAGAUCAGUCGAAGAUACCAGGCAACCGAAACGAGCAAGAUGUUCUCCAUGAUUUUAGUCAGCUUGACGCUUUUCUACAAGAUUUCACGCUUUCUCAGCAAGAUACCGCUCGGGAGAUGUGGAUGGAGGAAAAACACAGGGUUGAUAGGAAGUUGGGUAAGUUUUAUGGAACCGUUACUACUCGUAACAAAGAGGCCACAGUUAGUCCACGUGUAAGCAACAACGUAUUCAAGCAGCCGCGUCAAGAGAAAAUCAACGAGGAAAAUGAUGUUGAAGAGAAAUCUGUUGAAGACAAGUCUCUUCCUCAGAAUAAAACUUCACCUACGAAUAACUCUCACCUCCCGCUGAAAUCUGAAUUACAGAAUCUACUCAAAAAAAGCGGAAGCAAAUACUGA